AUGAUGAACUCCGUUGCAUUUCCUCACUCUGUUAUACUCCUAGCAUUAGCAAUCUCCUCCACACUUUCAGUUCUUCUAGCCAAGACUGGAGCACAAGAUACUCUGGGGCAAGCAGUUUGCCCCUCUUUCUCCUGCGGGCAUCUCCAAGACAUCCAGCAUCCUUUCCGUUUGCGAGGUGAUCCGCCUGGUUGUGGUCUUCGAGAAUAUGAGCUAUUUUGUAGCGAUAGCCAGGCUAUAAUUCACAUCGACACGGGAAGAUAUCUCGUCACUAACAUUUCCUACAGCGACUCUGUUUUCUGGGUUGUUGAUGCCAGUUUGGAUAAUAGCACCAUCUGCCCUAUUCCUCAGAGGAAUCAACGCCCUUAUAUCUAUGGAUUGCAAUCAGCUAACACGAUACUGCUCUACCCGGAUUCAGGCCAAUGGGCCGCCUUUGUGAGUUGUUCACGCAUGAUAAAAAAUAAUGCUAUUUAUAGGCCUGUUGCUUGCCGGAGCACCAACACUUCUUUUGUUUAUGUGUUGACUACCGUGCUUUCUUAUUGGUCUAAAAAUGUUGAGCCUUCAUGUGGAUACUUGGCCAUGACUCCUCUCGGAAGUUGGCAUCCGAGGCCAAAUGGUUUUGCAAGUUAUGAUUAUGAAGAUGUCGUAAAAUUUAUGAGGACAGGGUUUGCUGUUAGAUUUCCUGUAUAUCGUGCUCCCUGGACAUAUUCUUGGAUCCUCAAGACAUGCCUGAAUGAUUCAAUGAGUAACUUCCACGAAAAGAUGUCUAGUUCAAACAUCCUAAAUCAGACUUCAGCUAUUGUUGGCAUCGACAUGCAUUUCUUGAGAUGUGUAAAUGACCACUCCUACCAAACGAAAUUAUUUUGGGCAGCGGUGGUCAUGGUAUCUACCAUAAGUAUUGUGAAGUUCAUUAUUGUGUUUGCAAUACUAUCCAGGUUGGUGUUUGCACCAUUGUCCGUAUUGACCUUCCUUGCCUACAAGUACUGGCUAACAAAGAUAUCAGUUGACGCAGUUGAGAGGUUCCUCCAGAUGCAAUUAGCUCUUGCCCCAACAAGGUACGCUUACACAGACAUCACUGCGAUCACUAGCCACUUCAAGGAGAAGCUGGGCCAAGGAGGCUAUGGUUCUGUGUACAAAGGUGUGCUUCCUGGUGACGUCCAUGUCGCCAUCAAAAUGUUGGUCAGCUCCAUGUCCAACGGAGAAGAAUUCAUCAGUGAGGUGUCCAGCAUCGGAAGAAUUCACCAUGUCAAUGUGGUGCGUCUGGUGGGUUUCUGCUCGGAGGAAAUGAGGAGGGCUCUUGUUUACGAGUACAUGCCCCGCGGAUCUCUUGAGAAGUACAUCUUCUCGCCAGAGAAGAGUUUCUCCUGGGACAAGCUCAAUCAGAUUGCUCUGGGCAUUGCCAGAGGGAUCGACUACCUGCACCGAGGGUGCGAUAUGCAGAUAUUACACUUCGACAUCAAGCCGCACAACAUCCUGUUGGACAGUGACUUCACCCCAAAAAUCGCUGACUUUGGACUGGCGAAACUGUACCCCAGGGACAACAGCUUUUUGCCGGUGAGCGCUGCGCGGGGAACAGUUGGCUACAUAGCUCCCGAGAUGGUGUCCCGUAGCUUUGGCGCCAUAUCGUCCAAGUCUGAUGUCUACAGCUUUGGGAUGCUGUUGCUGGAGAUGGCCGGAGGGCGGAGGAACGUGGACCCACAAGCAUCAAGAAGCCAGACAUACUACCCGUCAUGGGUGUACAAUCAGAUGUCUCGGCAAGAGGUGGGUGAGAUCUCGGAGGCUGUUGGUAUCCAUCAGGUGGAGAGGAAGCUGUGCGUCGUUGCGCUUUGGUGCAUCCAGAUGAAGCCAGACGAUCGACCGGCGAUGAGCGAGGUGAUAGACAUGCUCGAAACUGGCAUCGAUGGCCUGGAGAUGCCUCCUGAGCCCUUCUUCUGCGGGGACGAGUUCGCCCCUGCUGCAGAUUCUUCAGUAUUAUCAGAAAUACCUAUAUAUACAUCGUAG